GUAUAGAGGCCAAUUUAUUGUGUCGACGUUUGACCGGGAACUGAAAGUGUCUAAGGUCAAGGCCAUGUAAACAACAACAAGAAGAAAGCAGUGACAGGGCUGUGACAUGUAAAUUCAUGUCUUAGAUUGUCUUUCGGCUGGCAUGUUCAUCUUGACAUUGUUAUCACUGACAUUACAUUUUCAGGUCAGAAAUUGUGGUUUGAGUACGAAUGCAUCAUAAAAAAAUAUAUUUAUGGAACAGGGAAAUCUAUGAAAAAUCAAGUGCAGUUAGAAUAUUAUUAUUUGGAGCUGAAAUAUAGAAAUGGCUGCGAAGCGACAAACUAGUGUACCAGACCUUGAGACAUAUAAAGCUAAUGAUGGUGUCCAGAAAAUUAGAAUUAAAGAGUUAGAAGAUGAAGUUUCAAGUUUAAAGAAAAGACUGGACGAUUUACGUAAAGCCAAAAAUACAACAAUUCUAAAACGUGAACGAGAGGUUCUUGAAGUAGGAACUCCAUUUGCCAAACGUGAUUCUAAAGAUGAUUUAAAAGUCGCUAAUUUAGAGAAAAAAUUACAAGCAACCGAUCAAAAACGUGACAAGGAGAUGGAUGACCUACGUAAAAAAUUUGCUUCGGAAAUGGAGGCCUUGAAACGAUCUAAUCAAAAAGAAGAAAAUUGUAACCAUGAAGCCGAAUUUUCCAUGUUAAAAACAAGAAUAGAAGAACUAGAAGCUGAUAAUGCAGCACUCCGAAUCCAUGGAAACGAACUUUUCGAAAAGGUGAAAUCCUUGCAGAAUGAUUUAAGCAUGAAGGAAGCACAUUGGUGUAAAAAUGAGGAAAAGUUAAAAAUACAGUUGAAAAUAUCAAUUGGUGAGAAAUAUAAAGACUGGAUGAAUACGACUGAAGCUAAGAUUAAAGAAUUGCAAGAAACUAAUGAAACUUUACGAGGUUAUUUAAAGAAUAAGAAGUAAUAAUAAAAUACCAGUGUUGAUAACAAUGGAUAUACAGAUUACCUACCUUUACACCUUGCUCAAUAAUAUAUCUAGAAGAAUAUUCCAUCGAAAUAUAUUUUAUAUUACCGUAGUUGAUAUUAUGUUAUAGAUCUCAUAAAAUCAAACAUUCCGUCCAAAUUAAUUUACAAGAUCAUUUUCAAUCCCAGACACAAAAAACAUUCCCUUGAAUUAUCUCCAUCUUUUGCAUACCCUUUCACAAAAUUUGCAUAUUUAAGGGCAAUUUCUACUGACCUCACAGCUAAACAGGAAUAUUCAUUUACUAAAUUAUGUAUGUCCAGGAUACAUUUGAGGUUUUUUUGUUUAUUAAGGCAAUUACUGAAUUAGACUUUUGUGUUUAUAAUAUUAGUCUCCACUUGCAAAUGACCUAGUUCUGAAAAUGAUUAAAUGUUUCUGCAAAGCUAGUAUUAAAAUAUUAGUCAAUUUUAAAGGGCCAAUCCCGAUAAUAUUUUGGAGAAUAAAACUGCUUAAUUUUGUGUUAAAACUCCUUAAUAUCCCGUACCUAAGGGCCGAUCAACUAAUUCAAUAUUUGUGAUAUGUUUUCAAACAACUUACAACCGUCAGUCUUCAUCUGGAAAUGGAGACCGGUGUCCCAAGCUGUAUUAUGCGUUGUCUGGAUAAAACAGACUUUUAUUUUAUAAAAACAAUGUGUAGGUGAAAUUUACGUUUCGUUAUCCAGUACGGCACAUGGGUCAAUCACUGUAUAGACCUCUAAAGGAACGGCGAUAGAUUAUCUGGUCACCCAACGAAAAAAAUGACCAGAAAUCUUAAAAUGGUUACAUGUCCGGAUAAGCAUUUUUGACGUUCACGUCCAAACAACUCAAUAUUUUGAGCUGAAAUUUUGAGGCAGGGUAAAUACACCAUUCCUCUAUAUUUUGGCGCUUAAAUUUCAUACGAACUCGGACUUUUAUUUUUGAGACUCUGUUCAAAUCGGGAUAGUCCCUUUAACCAGGAAAGUUAUGUAUUUCAUACAUGUAGUCCAAGAAUUGAUUCACUAUGGAGCAGGGCUUUUAUUUCAGUCACCUUUGACGAUCUUGACUGACUGACAGUUAAAUUGACCAACUAGAGAACUUACCUGUCAGUCAACUGAGUCAAUGUAGAUACCAGAAAAUUAGAAUUUCAAAGACUUCAAACUUAAAAUAUGCAUAAAAAUUAGGAUAAUGCUAAAAUUGACACUUUCUUUGGAAACAAUAUAUCUUGCUGUUCCCAGGAAUACAAAAUAGCACGGAGCUACAUCAGCUAUCAAUAGUUUGAAGUGAAAGCCCUGCUAUGGAGCAUUGAACCAUAGAAAUUUGUUGUCAGAGAAGUAUUAAUAUAAUUACCUUUUUAAAUUCUUGUUCAUGUAUUAAUUAUUAUUCACUGUUACUGUUGUAAUAAUAGCAUGUCUUGCCUGUUAAUUACUAACUACUAGUAGAUAUUAUGGGGGACAGUAGGGAACAUAUAUAUAUUGCAUAAGCAGUACUCACAGAUUGCAUCUUUAUUAUUUUAAUAAUGGUAUGCUAAUUUGUGUCUCUGCUCUUCCCAUUGACAGCAGGGCAGUAUAAUAAUAAAACGUCCAUUUAUAUCGCGCUAAUUCCACAUAUAGUCGUGCUCACACUGGUCGAGAAGACAUUGAAGGUUAUUAUUCUCAGAUUUAGUCCAGUUUAGUUCAUUUUUAGUAGAAUUGCUCGCCAGUUGCUGGAAAAUCCAGACUUGUUCUAUACUAUAGAAUUAUCUGUAGACCCAAUAAUCUGUAACCUUAAGGACACAUUUUACUGUUCACCUGAAAAGUUUUGUCCUGUAGAUAUAAAACUUCAAGCAAAAUCCUCUGGUGUGACUCAGGGCCCUUACUUUAGCUGAUGGUGGGGGGGGGGCAUGGUAGUCGAGCAUUAAGAGCACAUAACAGGGGUUGCAUUGGCAGGGCAGACGUGGAUAGUGUGCCUAGUCAUUAAGAUGGGAUGGAAAACAUGGGCAACCCGCCAUUCUAAUUAUUAGUUAUACAAAUAGUCAACAUCCCAGUUCACCUUGUCACAUCCUAAGUUGAUCUGUAUUUUUAUCAUACUGAUAUUUUCAUUUCAUAAUCUUCAUUGUUUACAUUAAUCUAUUUAUUUUAAUUCAUUAGUAUCAGAUAAUGAACAUGAUUUAAUUAUUGCAAAUUGUAUAAUCUAUCCAUCCUUCAUCUUUGUCAUUCCGGUGGUCCAUUUUCAUUGGUAAGGGUUGGGUCAGUCUUCACUUCUAUUGUUAUAUUGCAAUCCUGUUCCGAUCUGCUAUAGGCCUAUAAUUGUUAUUUGAAAUACUUUUGUUUAUAAUCCAUUAUCUAGUAAUGUUACAUUUUUAGACCCAUCCUUACAAAGGGUGGGUUAUGUAUAAGUUAUCUCCCUAGCAAUUCUAGACCCACCCUUACCAAGGAUAACUAAUGUAUAUUCUAGACCUGUCCAUAUAAAGGGUAGCUAGUGAGGUUAUCUCUGUUGCAGUACUAUUCACACAAGGGUAGCUGAUGUAAAUGUUAUUUCCCAGCAAUCCUACACCCAUCCUUGUCAGUGAGGGUAGUUAAAGUUGUAGUUGUAUGUUGACCAAAGGGAAGGCAAAAAUCAUUGUUACUUAACAAAGUACUAGUUUUUAGAUUGUUGAUAAAAUGCAAGGGCCAAAUUCAUGUUACAAGAUGAGAUGUUCAUUAUAUUAUUACAUAAAUAUAUAAAAUCUAUUAGUUUAAAUUAAUCUAAUGUUAUAUUUAAUGUUAUAAUUAUUCUAGUUAUAUAUAUUGUAAUUAUUCUAGUGUUAUAAAUAUUAAAAUUAUUGACUCCGUCCCAUUUAUACAUUUUAAGGUUAUUUAUUGCUUUGUUAUUUAAUAUUAUUUAGAAACUGCUGAUAUAAAAAAACAAAAUAUUUAUGAUUAGUGCUCUUUUAUGCAAAAUAUUAUUUUAUGUCAUGACAUAUUGUGUUUUAUUACUCUGUCAUGAAAUAUGAUUUUGUAUUACUCUUGUCAUGAAAUAUUAUUUUGAAACUGCUGAUAUAAAAUAUUUUAGUAGCAUCUACAAGGAAUCAACAUCAACAUGGACAGCACAGCAGAUUAUAAAGUAAAGGGUCUGACACUUUAAUAGUAUUAGUACUAAAUAAUCUUGGGUCAUGCUUCAUUAGAAUUUUUUGUUAAAUUUGACCCAAUCUAAGCUUUCAAUUUUUAUGUGAUUAUAUUUUUUAUUUGUUUUACAUAUUUGGGGAUUAGUAGUCUGUUCAAUCUGAACUUUUCUUUAAGUUACAGUUUCAGUGUCAUUCAGAUUGUUGCGCACCUGAAGAAUUAUUUUGUGUUUUUGACUUAAAGUAGCUAAGUCUCUCACUCAAUAUCAUCCAAAAUCUUCAACAUUGAAAACACGAUUUAUUUGUCAAUUUAAAUCAACAUUCAUGUUGUGAUCUUACCGGAAAAAGAUGGGCGUUUGAUAUCCAAUAUUUAAGACAAAAUAAACAUUUUACCAUUGGUACACGAAUCGUGUACCAUAAUGCGCUUCAGCCCCAGUUGUAUCUAGAGACUCGAGGGACAAGGCUAGACACAUUGCACCAAAUCAAAUGGCGUAUGUAGACUGGAAUAACCAGACGCUAGAAAUUUGCACUCGCUUGAGACUGCUGGCUUAUUUUGCUGAACAUAACUGAUUUGAAAUUGGAGUAAAAACGGAAACCAUUGAAUGUAAAUCAGUUUAUAUACAUUCAUAUUACAGUAUUAUAUGCAUUGCGACCCACUUUUGGCAAUUUCUAGGUCCCAAAUGUUAGCGAUUUAGCUCCUUUAAGAAGUUCAUCUAUUGGCAAUAUUUUUACAUACAGUAUAAUUCAGUCAUAAGAAUUAUUUGUAUUUUUGACUUCUGGCUCAUAUUCUGGAGCAGAUUUAUAAACUUGUUGAUUUAUAAAAAUCAUUCUAAUGUUUAAAUCUAAUUAAAAUUAGUUAAUACUUU